AUCCAGGCCCUCUACCAAUUUUAUCUUCCGAAUCGCAAUUUCAAAUUAAAAGCCUAAAGAUCUAUGGAGCUCAUUAUUCUGCACUUAAUCCAUUUUUUUCUUUAAUUAUUAAAAUGCCCAAACGAGAGAGAUACA